AAAGGAAAAGCGCAAAAAUGUCGUCUGCUGAUCACAAAAUGCACAAAACUCUCCUCAAAAACGUCCACGAAGGUUUGCCACCUCCAGGUAACAUUUCUGGAGAAACAGUAACCGUUAGAGGAGACUAUCUGUAUUACCAUUAUGUCUGUGACGGGACAGAGGAUCGGGGCUGGGGCUGUGCCUACAGAACUCUGCAGUCUCUCUGUUCCUGGGUUCACUUCCAACAGAAACAGACUUCUGCCAGCCCCAGACACCCUCCGACUAUAGCAGACAUCCAGAAGGCACUGGUUGAAAUGCAGGACAAGCCGGCAAGCUUUGCAGGGUCCAAGGACUGGAUAGGAUCUGUGGAAGUUGGCCUCUGUAUAGACUAUUUUUAUGAUGUUCCUUGUAAGAUUGUACAUAUCAACAGUGGCAGUGAAAUUCCAGACAAAAUUGCAGAGCUGACAGAGCACUACAGGAGUAUAGGGUCUCCUGUUAUGAUGGGUGAAGAUACAGAUAACUCGUCCAAAGGCAUAUUUGGGGUGUGUGGAACAGGGAACGAUUCUUACCUCCUUAUUGUAGACCCCCACUACCAUGGUACAGUCCAAGACCCCCAAGACUUACAGCAGAACGGCUGGGUGAAAUGGCAGCAUGUCAGAGACUUCAAGUCAGAUUCCUUCUAUAAUUUCUGCCUUCCGUUAUAUAAACAAUAAAAGUUUAAUAUGAUAUUACAGUUUUCUUUGUUACAAGUUUUGUUCAAUUAAAGAAUGGCUUCAAAAAGUAACCACAAAUAGUGUUGUGAAUACACACAAAAAGCAGGCUCAGAUUUCAACCAAGGGCUUUGAAAUUCUAUUCUAACACUACUCUAUGUUUGAAAUUCAUUAAAUUAUUUAGAGAAAUACAAGUGACAAGUGUGUAUCAAAGCAUGGUGUAAGAAACUUUAUUGACAGACAAGGGUUAUUGCAUAGCAGUAGCCUCAUCACAACUCAAUAUGUCGUUCAUUAAGGCACGCGUGAAUUGCACGACAGAUAAAAUAAUAUUCACACCAACUAAAAGUACAACGUAAAAAAAAA